GGAUAUUAAAGUCCUCCGGCGGCGCGGUGCCGCCAUGUCUCCCAGGGAGAAGUGGUGGAUCGUGUUUACCUCUCUGGUGGUCUUUUCUUUCGCAAUCCUUUAUUUAACACUUUAUUUUAUCCCGUACAUUUUUUACAUUGUGUUUAUUUUCGGUGGAAUUUGUGUCGCCUGUUUUCAUUACACCGGCGACUCGCCGUUUCAUGCCAGGUUAGGCCCUCAUCCUCGGACAAGCCUGGUAAUCCCACCGGUAUUCCGACGCUGGUUACCGCGGGCGACUGCCAACGGAGUACCGACACCCGGACGAGUACACCGGGAUCGUUUCAACAAAACCACUCAAAGGGAUUCAUUUUUGUCAGGUGGCGAGGGACGCUUGCGGAACCCUGGCGAUUUUUACAGAGACGCAGACACAUUUAGUGACUCGGUGGUGUUCAGUCCCCGAGACAUAUUCAUGGGGAGUUACAUUGGAAAGCAGGAUAGUCCUUUACCCGCCGCGAGAGCCUGUGGUGGUGGUUCCAGAGAGCUCCGUGAAAGGCUGUCUCGACCCAACCAUGCAGUGCCCACCCCGAGCAGAAGACUGUCAUUCAGCAGGGAGCCCAUCGCCACGACGGGCAGAUUCACCAUCACCCCUCAACGACACUACCCCCUCCAGCAAGUAGGCUCCCCGUUGCUGGGUGUGCUGCCCCCGACUCGGUGGGAUGGCUACAGAAAGAAGGCCGUCCUGACGCCGCGAAACUCGCCGGCAGCCCACAGCCCCGUUACCGUGAAGAUCGCACGCCCGGACCGCGCCCGGUCCCCCCUUUAUGACCCAUUAAAUUUGCCGAUGUCUCAUCCUUUGGGGUUGAGCGCGGCUGCUGACCCCUGUGCCCGAGAGACUGUCCUCAAUAUUUUGAAGGAAAGCCGCAAAAGAGGGGUAGAAGAAGAUGAGCGAGCCUGUCCUCCUGAGCAGAAAAACAAGAGGAGACGCAGUGACAGCGGCGGUAGCAGUCAUUCUGCCUUUGAGCCUCUCCUUGCCAAUGGAGCCCCCUCCCAGCUGGUGCCCAAGCCUGGGAGCUUGAAGCGGGGUUUGAACGCAUCCGUGAUGGAGGAGUCCCUCAUAAAGCGCAACCGCACCUCCUCCAUGAGCUCCCAGACUAGCAGUUUGGACCCUUGCGGAGUCCUCGGUUCAGCCCGAAACCCCAUCCGCAGCUCCUACAGCUCCUCACAGGGAUAUCCUCAGCGUAAGGCAGCCUCCAGCCUCAACUUCUCCCCCCUUUCCAGCCCCGGGUCGUCGCGCUCGCAGACCCCGGAGCGGGUCUUCAAAAAGCCACGAGAAGAUGAGGCGCUCUCUCCCAGCUCUGUAUCUUCACCGAGUUCUGAUGGGACAGUGAUGGACCAGACUGCAGCCCCAGGCAAGCUGCCACCGAUGCCCGAGGCCCCUGCCCCAAUGGCCUCAUGGGAUUCCGGAUGGAGCGAUAACAAGCGCAAGCGGAAGGUCCAGCUGGUAUCCAGCCGCAGAGGCGACCACAUCUCCCUGCCCCCUCCCCCGGAGCUGGGCUACACAGUCACAGUAAAGGACCUGGACUUGGAGAAAGCCGCGGCCCUCAAGCAGAUCAGGAAGGUCCUGGAAGAGCCAGAGCCAGUGAAACCUGUGGCACCCUCCAGCAUGCUCUCCUUUCUCACGCCCACGUCCAGCACGUCGCCUCCCGCCCCCGCCGCCCUGCUGUUGGGCUCUGCCGCCGCUCCGGCCUGCGCGGCCACCACAGCGCCCACCCUGACCCUUGCCCCCGCCUCUGAGGCAGCCUCGGCCAACGCCAUCAACACCACACCCGCCCCGGCGGCUCCAAGCAUCGCCCCUCCCGCCAGCUCGGCCAACCCGCUGCUGGAGUCGCUGAAGAUGAUGAAGAGCAGCCCGGCGCCCAGCCCUGCUGUCAGCAGCCCGGCAGCCCCUGCCGUGACCUCAGCCGUAACAAGCUUGUUGGCUCCAGCCCCCGGCGUCAAGUCAGAGCCCAGCCUGAGCACGGCCCAGCCAGCCCCCAUGGCCCUGCCGCCCGGCUCCCUGGGCAUGUCCGCCUUCGCUCAGGUGCUGGCUCAGCCCCUGAAGCCGCCUGAUAGCACCGCACCCUCGGCAAGCAUCACGUUCAACCUGGGCACGCCCUCUGCUGCCACCACAUCCGCCGCCGUGGCACCUGGGUUAGCUAUUGGUACCACCAUCAGCAGCAGCGGGGGCAGCAACCCACUGCCAUCGGCCUUCAAGCCCAUUUUUGGUGCUGCCACCAGCACACCCGCCGUCACCUCCACCGCCGGGGUGACGCCAGCAUCCGCACCAGCAUCCUCGUCAGCAGGUGCCCCGGUCGUGUCCUCCUUCAAGCCCAUCUUUGGGAACUCCUCCACCAGCUUCCCCGCUUUCGGCCAGCCGCCGUCCUCUCUUGCCCCGGCGUCCACAACACCGUCGUCCAGCAGCGCCACCAUUAUCAGUAGCCUCUCCGGCACGGUCACUUCGGCCUCCCCUGUGACGGUCAAGCCUCUUUUUGGCGGCUGGAACGCCACGCCUGCUGCUGGCACGUCCGCCUCCACCACCGCCGCCCCAGCCACAGGGAUCUCCUUCCAGUUCGGCAGCACUCCUGCCAGCACAACGUCGCUGUCCCUGAGUACAACCACAUCCACCUUUCAGUUCGACCCGGCGACGACAUCCACCUCCGCCCCGCCGGCUGCUCCCCAACCCGCCCUUCAGGGGGCCUUCACGUUCAGCCAGUCAGGCAACCAGACGGCCACCACCGGGUCCUUUGGUGGCUUUGCCGUGACCGGCAUGGCAACCGCGACAACCACAACCACCGCAUCGGCGUCAGGAGGUCAGUCGCUAUUCACCUUCGGGAAGCCCUCGUUCGAUGGGCCCGCCCAGACUGGCUCUGCCCCUCCAGCUGUAAGCAAGUCUUUCCCCUUCGGGGGCAGCGGGCCCACGCCGUUCAGUUUCGGCACGGCGGCGUCCACUUCCACGGCCACGUUCGGCACCCCAAGCCAGCCGGCGUUCGGUGGGGGGACGUCGACUUUCCAUUUCGGCGGCACCUCUGCUCCCUCCGGUGCUUCACCUUUCGGCACGGUCACCCAGUCGCCCGUGCCCACCUUCACCUUCGGAGGACCGUCGUCCGCCCAGCCCGGCGCUUCCACCGCCACCCAACCAAGCACCGGAGGCUUCAGUUUCGGCACGGCUGCUCCAGACACGCAGUUUGGAGCCCCAACCCCAGCUAACCCCACCAGUCAGACUGCAGGUUUCGCCUUCGGCGCCAGCAGUGCCAAGGACAGCAAGCCAGCUUUUGGGAACACCUUUGGAUCUCCAAGCUUAAAUUUUAGCGGAACGUCAAACCCUGCAUUCGGGCAGAACGCCAACAUGCCCUUCACCAGCCCAGGCACACAGACCCCCGGCUUUGGUGCACUGGCCUCCUCGCCGUUCGGGGCUUCGACGGCGGCUUUCUCCAUCGGCUCGUGUUCGAAGCCCGCCGGGGCCCGCCAGCGGCUUCAGGCCCGGAGGCAGCACCCAAGGAAGAAGUAGUCGGGGUGGGGGGGCGGGCCCUGCCUCUGCUUCCGCCCAUGGCUUUUUGCUCUGACCUUUGACCCCGACGGUUACCCACCUGACCCCCACUCCACCGCAUCCCAAGGCCGGGCCUGGCCACGAUUCAAAAGACGACCUUCCAGUCUCGACACUGUUACUAGUGACCGAGCGCCCCCCCCCCAUCCGACCCCCUUAGCCAGCAUGGGGAGCUGGGGUCCCGCAGGCGAUGGAAUACGGCACAUAUUACUUGAACAAUCCCAGUCUUGGAUGGAGUCGGUUCUCUUUCCCUCUGGCCCCCUCACUCCCUGCCCAUCUGUCAUUCUCCAUCAUGACGACUAGGCUGAAGUCGAUAUCCUCUUGAUUUGACUGCUUCGUGGCGGGAUGUGAGGGGGGAGAGGGCAACCUCCGGCUUUCGUGUGCAGGGAGCCAGCGCGUCUCCCGGGGCGUGGCGACAUAGCAGGCGCCGCAGUUAGGUCUUUUUUUUUUCUUUAUUAUUUUUCUGUUUGCCCAAUAGGAAUUCUCCCUAUGCAGCCCACCUAAACGGCUCAACGUCUACAGAGAGGGGUCAGCACUGACAUUUCUGACAGCAGAAUCUGUCGCAUGCCGAAGGCGAGACGUAUUUAUAGCACCGUAUGGUGAUCGCUUCUCAAGUUUGUUGUUUUUCCAAAGAGCAAUUUCAUGAUUUUGUUUCUUAGCAUCAGUUAAAUAGUUAGCAUAUUUAGAAUAAAUCUGAUUACGCUUCACAAGUUUAACGGGAUUUUUUUUUGUUUUGCUGCAGCUCUAGCGACCUUUCAUAGAGGCUGUAUCUAUUUUAAUAAUGGCAAACGGGGGAUUAUUUUCCAAGCACUCAAACCAUCCUUGCUGUUUUUUCUUUUUCUACAGCCCUGUUGCAGUAUAGACCUGUGACACAGACAUUCUCUCUCUUUCGCUUGCUCUUUCUCUCUCCCUCCCUCUCUUUUCUGGCCUAUGCCUGGCUCUCUGAAAAACCAAAGCCCUCCCAGUUCUUUGCAAUGCCAUUACAAGCAAUUCCUGUUGUUCACUGUUCAGAUUUGCCACUGUCAACACGAGCUGCUUUUAUUCUAGACUACCUCUGUCUUUCACAUACACUGUCUGGCUCCCGCCCCCCCCCCCCCCCAGUCCUUGGCCCUGGCUCAUCUUAUUUAAUAUGAAAUAAAUGAGGGGGAAUCGGCCAUCUCAUAGCUGGUGCUGCAAACUCCCA